AUGCGUUCCAGUGCAGACAUCGAAUACGUCAUUGCAGACGACUCGGAUCGUGAAGCAGUCCGGAAUGUGUUGGCCACUUUCUUCUACCCCGAGGAACCGUUAACGAUCGCCCAUCGGGACGGUGCCGCUGUAACGCCAGACGAUAUGGACAACUAUCUUUCCUUUCUCGAUCACAACGGUGUAAUCGUGGCUAGGCUUCGAUCGAAUCCCACCGAGCUGGUGGGCAUUUCGAUCGGUAGUCCCACGGACAGUGCCCUCAACGUUCCGAUAGAAACCCGUAAGUUUGCAGACAUUGUUGCGUUUCUCGGGUUGCUCUACGAACGUGCCUCCCUGCGGGCGCUUGGUUCCCGUCCUGCGUACAACGUGCACGCCCUCGCGGUGAAUCCGGCUUAUCGGGGCCUUGGGAUCGGUCGACGGCUGAUGGAGGAGCAGAUUGCUCUGGCCAAGCAAUGCAGCCAGCGAGCCUUCGACUCCGUGACGGUGGACGCAACGGGACCGUUCUCUGCCCGGAUCAUGCUUCAGGUGGGAAUGAAGGAAAUUCACCGGAUGCGUUUCGAAGACUACAAAGAUGAUCAAGGAAACCCCGUUUUUCGAAUGGCGCCUGAGGCAGAAGUUAUUACUUUCGAAAAGAUGCUGUAG